AUGGAAGCCGAAAAAGUGAACGCCUCGGUCGAAAAGCCUGAGGAGAAGAAAACAGAAAAGAGGGGUGAUAAAGAUAACCCCAAGCCUGAGGAGAAAAAAGAAAAUACUGAUGUUACUAAAAAGAAGACUGAGAAUGAGGCUCCUGAACGCGCUCCAGACUUGUUGAACAUGCUAUCUUUUAUAGCUGAGAUGCAGAAUAGGCGUAGAAAUGUCGCGACUUCAUUGGAGAAAUUGAGUGCUAGCGGCUAUGGUCCAAAAGAAUGGAAAUUCUCGAUUGAGGAUAAACUGAAAGCGAGGUAUAGAGUUGUGUCUCCGGGAAAUAGAGCUCAAGCUUUAGUGAUCCGUGAGCCAUUAGUCGCUGCGAAAUUUACUAAUAUUGAUACAUUUCUUCAGUAUCUUAUUACUUGUGCAGUCUUUGUUGUGGAUAGAUGUCUUAUUCUAUAUCGCGAACCCUCAACUGUGUCCAUAGGGGGCGAAUUGGCAUCUGAGCCUGAAGAUCUGGGUAUACCAUUAACUCAAAUGUGCGAACUAGAACCAGCUCAUGAGAAUAUAUGUUCUAGUGUGCAACGCUUUUGUGUGACUCAGCGAAUGCGAAAUCCGAAUUACUCACUUGGACGAGUUGCUGAAGGCUUGGAAUUACAUGACCUACGUGAAGCAUUCUUUUCUCUGUCUAGAGAUGAGAUGCGUCCAUUUAGAGAGAUAGUCAUUGCGUAUGAACAUCAUAUUAGACAGGAAAGGCCAGAAGCAAAGGGCUACAAGAAUCUAUUACCAAAUGAUGUCUUACAUAUCGCGGCGAACCCAUUUGCUCUGAAUUCGAUAUUCGAUCAUCUACCUAUGGCGUCACAUUAUUACUCAGAACUUGUA